GAUUUUUUGCACUUUAUUUAUUUCUCCUCCUUUUCCUGCAAAACCCUAAUUCAUAUUACCACUUUUCAUGAAUUUCUAUGCCAAGAAUUUGUGAUUUUUACCCUGUAAUUCUUGCAAUUUUUUUGGUGUAAUUCAGUGUCACCUUUGAAUUCCUCUGCAUUUUCCUGCAAUGGCGGAGAAUUUCAGCUACUGAACUGUGUUGUUUCACACAGAGCAAAACCCAGCUGUAGGAAUUUGCAGUUUUGAGCUUUUGAUGGUUCAGCACUUGAAUUAGGGUUUUAGGUGUUGAGGGAGGGUUUUAGAAGCUUCAUUUCCACUGCAUUUUUUCUGGGUUUCUUUCAUUGUAUUUGUACUCAAACUGGGUUUUGGUUAAACAGGAAAAAGUUUCAAGCUUUUUGAAACUGUUUUCAUGUUUCUGGGUUUUUUGAGUUAGAAAAAGUUUGAAUCUUAGAUGGGUAGGCUUCAGUGUUUUUAAAAGGGUUUAGGGUUUUAAGCUUUGGAGGGUUUUUCUUAGGGGAUUUUACUUCUAUAAAAUUUUGAAUAUAUCUAUGGAGGAGAAAGAGAGCUCUGCUUCUGGGGUUGCAGUGAAGGGUGAGGAGGCCCCAGAUGGGUUCCGGGUUGCUCCAAGAACUGAAAACCCGACCCAAGUAGCAGGGACCCCCACAAUUGUGGCUGCUUCACCGGUGAGUAUGGCGGUGCCCAGUACAGAAGGGAAGAAGAAGAGGGGUAGGCCUAGAAAGUAUGGUCCUGAUGGGGCUGGAGCUAAAGCUGGAGCUGGGGCUGUGGCUGGGGCAAAGGCUGCCUCACUAGCAUUGUCACCGAUGCCGAUUUCAUCUUCAAUACCUCUUACCGGAGAUUUUUCGGCCUGGAAACGGGGUAGAGGGCGGCCAGUCGACUCGGUCAAGAAGUCACAUAAGUCUGAGUAUGAAAGCCCAGGUGAAAGAAUUGCAUACUCCGUUGGUGCAAAUUUUACACCCCACGUGAUCACUGUUAAUGCUGGAGAGGAUGUUACAAUGAAGGUCAUGUCCUUCUCUCAACAAGGAGCCCGAGCUAUAUGCAUUCUUUCUGCAAAUGGUACAAUUUCAAAUGUUACGCUUCGACAACCUACUUCUUCUGGGGGUACUUUAACAUAUGAGGGUCGUUUUGAGAUACUUUCCUUGUGUGGAUCAUUUAUGCCUACUGACAGUGGAGGAACGAAAAGCAGAUCUGGUGGGAUGAGUGUCUCUUUGGCUGGGCCAGAUGGUCGAGUGGUGGGAGGAGGACUUGCUGGUCUAUUAGUAGCUGCGGGCCCUGUGCAGGUUGUUGUGGGCAGUUUUCUACCAGGGCACCAGCAGGAGCAGAAGCCCAAGAAGCAAAGAAUUGAACCUACAUCAACUAUCCCUGCCAGUCCUCGCUAUGAUGAAGAAACAAGAGGAGUCUAUGGGGGAGUAAAGCCUAUUCUCACUUCUUCUACGGCCUUUCAUGGAGACAAUUCAGCUUCUAUUAACCCCAUUCAGGGCUUUAGGAAUUCAGCUGUUGACAUUAAGACUUCUAUGCCUGAAGAGGGAUCUAAAGGCCCCAGCCAGUUGAACUGUGAGGUUUCUUGUUGAUCAUGUUCGCUUGUUGUAUGUUGGUUGUGGCUUGAUUGUUUUCGGUGGACGCUACAGCAUUUAGGCUCACUCUAAAUUUGUCUGACACCAAUAUAAAAUUGUUGGCUAUUUUGUUCAGGACAAACUAGGAUUCAAUCUCAUGUUGGUUUUAACCCCACGAGUUGUGCUCUUUUCUUAUUAGAUAUUAGGUAGGACUCUUGUUGAUUUAGGAUAUUCUGUUGCUUUUGUCAUCAUGUAUUUUUCUAGUGUUGUCUUACUCAUUGGUGUAGCAUUAGAUGUAUGAAACCUGCUAUGUCAUUCUAUUAUUCUGAUUGUAGUUCGUUGUAUCUGAAUGAUUGAGUUUAAGUUGAUGUUGUUGUGAUGGUUUUUAA